AGCUCUAGCUUCGUGCUUCCAGCAAUCAUGGAAUUAGCCCAACAAGAAGCUAUGCUAUUCGAGAGUCGGAGCAACCCGGUCGGUGGUGUUCACGUCGACCGUACCGACCAUAACUACCGAGGAGUCCGCAGGAGGAAAUGGGGGAAGUGGGUGUCUGAGAUCCGCGAGCCAGGGAAGAAGACCCGGAUAUGGCUAGGGAGCUACGAGGCUGCAGAGAUGGCAGCAGCGGCGUAUGACGUGGCAGCCCUUCAUUUCCGAGGAAGUGGUGCGAGGCUCAACUUCCCGGAGCUGGCGGAGCUGUUCCCCAAGCCGGCGAGCUCUAGGCCACAGGACGUCCAGUCGGCCGCCCAGGAAGCUGCAUUGUGGCUGCUCAAGUGGCUGAAUAGAGGAGGAGGAGGAGCGGGGUUGCAAGACCACAGCGGGGGCUCGGAGGUCGGGGACACAACGGUCCCGGUGGCAACAAUGGGGCUCAGCCCGAGUCAGAUACAAGCUAUCAAUGAAACUCCGAUGGACUCUCCGAAGAUGUGGAUGAUGGAUCUUCAUCAUCAUCAUCAUCAGUUGAUGGGGCCUAUGUUUUUUGCGGAGCCCCAUCAUGAUGAUCAUCAUCAUGGGAUGAUCUUGGAUGACAUUGAUGCAAUGGACUUGGAUGUGAGGGAAGAACUUAAUUACAAUGACUACUCCAUUUGGGAUUAAUUUAAAACGAAUUAAUUAAUCUUAGAGAAACUUGAAGGGGAAUUAUGGGGAAAAAUUAAUUCCAAAUAUUUUAAUAUGUUGGGAUUAGUUUUCGUAAUGUUUAAUUGGGAAAAGAAGGCAAAGUUAGGAUAUAAAUAAUAUAUAUUCCUGUAUUAUUAUUUUUUCUUUGAAUUAAUAAAUUGUUGCUCCCCUCUAUGUAACAUCUUUUGUCUUUACACUAUGGAGUGAAGAUUUAAUGAUCAAUGUUAUGUUAUGACUGUUCUUUUUUGAGGUUA